AUGAAGAACCCUAAAGAAAACACAAUUGUUUGUAGAAGAUUACACAGGGUAAAUAUGAUAUAUGCCACGGUCAGUAAUAAUUAUAACUACAUAUGUAUAAUUACAUUAUGUGAUAAUACAUAUAAUGUCGAAUUAUUUAGUACACAUAAUAGUAUGCACAAAUUAUUUAGGAAAUGUAUAAAUGAUGAAUUGAAUAAGGUAUAUAUUAGUAAUAAUAAUUCUUAUAUUUGUGUAACUACUAAAACAGGUAGUAUGUAUAUUCUUAAUAUAAAAGGAAAAAUUAUACAUAAAAAAGAAUCUCUUCAUGCUUUAUAUGUAUGUAAAAAGAAUAACAAGACCCUCCACGGGAAAAUACUUCAAAAUGGUAUAAAAAGAAAAAGAAAUCAACAAGGGGAAUACCAUAAUGAAGAACAGCAUGAAUAUUCUCGAGUAUCCAAAAUUAGGAAAGAGAAAUAUAACUCUGAUUUAUUAAAUAAAAUGAAGGAAAAUAAAAAUGAUAAUACACCUAUUGUAAACAAUUCUGAUGAGGUUAUUAAUUUUGAAAGGUAUCAAGAAUUAAUUGAAGGAAGACAAGAGAGAAAAAAAAAUAAAAAUAAUUAUAAUAAUGAUAAUAAUAAUGAUAAUAAUAAUAUAAGAACGUAUCAAAAUCAUUCCAAAACCAAAGAACAUGAAUAUACUAUACAUAAUCUUUAUCCCAUAGAAAAUGAAAAAUACAGAAAAAACUCCAAUGUAGAAUGGAAUGAGAGAAAAAUAAUGAAUUCUAAUUCUUUGCUUUGUUCUGAAUUAUCAUCUGUUAAAAAUUAUUUAUAUGAUAAUAGUGUUAUGUCCAUAAGCAGAGCUGAAAAUGAUAUAUGCACAAAUGAAUUAUGUAAAAAUAAUAUAUAUACAAAUAAUAUAUCCACAAAUAAUACAUGCACAAAUAAUACAUGCACAAAUAAUACAUGCACAUAUGAUAUAGACAAGGAUAUAAAUACGUCAAGGGAUGAACAUAAGGAUAUGGGCACGUAUGAAUACCAUAAAAAAUGUGAUACAUAUAAUAACAGAUAUAAUGGUGCAGAUAAUGAAAUGUCUUAUGCUAAGUGCAUUCAUUCUUGUGAUAAUAAUAAUUUAAAGAAAAAAGAUAUACAAAAGAAGGAAUAUGAAAAACAAGGACUAGAAAUAUUCGAUAUUUAUUGGAUAAUUAUAGAGAAAGAUAAUAAAUAUGAAUUUAUUGAAAAGUCUGAUUAUAUAAAAAAUUAUAAUUUUCAUAAUAGUAUACAUAUUAUAUACAGUCUGGAUAUAGGCUUUUAUAUUUUAUGUUCGAUUAAUUUAAAAAUUAUUAUAUAUAAAUAUAAUAUAUUAGAAAAUUUUUAUAAAAACAUUAAUGUAUAUAAUGAAAUACGAAACAAUAUUUCGAAAUAUUUUGAACAAGAGUUAUUAUACAAACGUUCAAAAGAAACAAAUGAAAAAUAUUUAAAAUUUUUAAAAAUAUAUAAGAGGAAAUCAUUUUGUAUUGAUCAAAAUUAUAAUAUGAAUAUUUCUUAUAAUAGAUAUAUGAAAAGAAAACAAAAAUCAAAAAAAAAAAAAAACAUAAAUGUUAAGAAUAAUAUAACAUGUGUCAUCUCCAAUAAUAAUAAUACUACUACUACUACUACUACUAAUAAUAAUAAUAAUAAUAAUAAAAAAUUUAUGUCCGCACUUUUUAAUAAUCAUGAUAUCAGGAAAUAUUUCUCCUUAUCAUUUAAUGAUAAUCAGGAAAAAAAUAAUUUAUCCUCAAAUGAUCAUAAUGACCACAAAAAAAAGUUGUCAUCAUAUAAAAAUAACAACAUGUUGAAUGUAAAAAAUCAUAUAGUACAACAGAUUUUUAAUGACUCUUUUUUUGAUAUAAAGCAGUCUUACAUAUCUCAUGACCAGCAUUAUAUAUUGAUAAAUUAUUAUUUAAAUAUAAAAAAGAAAUAUGUCAAAUUAUCAAACUUAAGCAUCUACAAUGGGAAUUAUAUCUCCCCGCAGGUGAACAAAACAAAAACAUAUAACAACAAUAAUGAGGAUGAUAAGAACAAUAAUGAGGAUGAUAACAAUAAUGAGGAUGAUAACAAUAAUGAUGAUAACAACAAUAAUAAUCAUAACAACAAUAAUAACAAUCUUCAUAACAACAAUAAUAACAAUCUUCAUAACAACAAUAAUAACAAUCUUCAUAACAACAAUAAUAACAAUCUUCAUAACAACAAUAAUAACAAUCUUCAUAACAACAAUAAUAACAAUCUUCAUAACAACAAUAAUAACAAUCUUCAUAACAAAACAUACGUUGAUAUUCAAAAAAUAUGUAAAAAUAGAAAUAGAAAAAAAUACCAUCAUGAAUAUAUGAUUCCAUCUCUUAAAUAUAAAUCAUGUUUAGUAGGCAUACAAAAAAUUCAAAGAAUCAAUAACAAAGAAUGUAAAUAUAUUGAAAUGCUUUUCAUAUAUAUCCUGUACUGCUAUGAAAUCCUUAGGACUAUCCUUCAUAUAUAUGAACACAUGUCUAAUUUAUAUAAUUCUUUUGGUGGUUAUCAAAAAUUAUAUGACAUAUAUAAAAAUAUUUUAUUAUUACCAGAUGCUAUUAAGAAAUAUUAUUACAAAGAUAGAUGUAUCAUUCAUUUUUCUAAGUAUAUAAAAAAUAGGAAAGAAAAUUUUGAUGAAAAUUUAUAUAACUUAUUUUUUAAAGAAAACGAAAAGAAAGAUUUUGCCAUGUAUUAUAAAAUUAUUAAUAACAUGAUAAAUCAAAAUACCAUCUGCUGCACUUGUGCUAAGUAUAAUUAUUUUAAUCAACAAAAAUAUAAACAAACACAACAAUCUAUUAACUACCAUCAAGAUAUACAAAAAAAACAUAUAAUUCUUAAUUCAACCAACCAAGAAAAUCAUCUUAUAAAUUGUAAUAGAUAUAUUAUGUACCAAUCAAAUGAAUGUCAAAGAAUAAAAACACCAUCCAUACCAAAAAAAAAAAUGAAGGAUAUAUCAAGUGGUCGACAAGUUAAUAAAAAUGCUGGAAACACAAAUGAAAGAUUAUCACACAAGGAUGGUAGUAAUCUUAUGGAAAUAGAAAAUGAAAUGAAUAUAUAUUCUAAAAUAUGUAAAAGUUCAACAAAUUGUGUAGAAGAAGAAAAUUAUUUUUGUAAAAAUAAUUAUCAUGAUGGUGAUUUUUAUAAAGGUAACCAUCACAAUGAUGAUUUUCAUAAACAUAAAUACUACAGUUUUAAUAAUUACCCUUAUAACGAUGGUGAUAUACAUUACAGUAGCGAGAACGACUCGAAUAUAGACAUGGCUGAUGAACAUAAUAUCCUAAUUCCAGAAUGGAAAAUAGAAAGGAAAUUUUUGAAGAGUAGAAAAUUUUAUAUAACAAAUGGAAAUAAUAUAUGUAAAAAUUGUAAAGAGAUUUUAAAAAAAGAUGUAUUAGAACAUUUUGAAAAGUUUGAAUUAAAUUAUGAUAUACCAAGAAAAAAUAUAAAAUUAAAUGAACAAGAAAUAUAUAACUCAUUAAUAAAAGAUAUAUAUAUUAUGUAUAAAGAAAAGAAAUGUCCUCUAAAUAUAUUACUAUUGUUACAAGAAAUAUCCGAUAAAGAUUUAGAAAUGUAUAUGAAUAAAUUUCAACCAAUUGUUUGUUUUUUUGAAAAAAGAUUUCUUCAAGAUAUAAAUGAACAUUUAAAUAAUCUAUAUAAAAUUAUUAACAUAUGUAAACAAGUAUUUGAUAAUAUUAAUUUAAUAUUAAAAACUAAUAUUUCUAAUCAACAAAUAAAUAAAUUAUAUGAUAAUAUUUUAUUCUGUUUAAAUACAUUCAAAUCAUUUUAUGAAUUACAAAAACAUUUAAAUAUUUUCUUACUAUUAAUCGAAUUAUUAUUAUUUAUAUCCAAAAAUAUUUUUUUGGAAAAUUUCCCACAUUAUAAAGAAACAUUUUCAAAUUAUAAAAAUAUAGAAAUAUUAAAAAAUUAUAAUUUAGAUAAUAAUCAAAAAAUCAAUUUUAAUUUUUUUGAAAAUCAUUUACAUUCUAAUCAUUUUAAGACACAUAAUCUAUAUAUUAGAUUGAAUAAAAUUAAAUAUAAUUUAAUUUUUAUACUUAAGUCAUUUUCACAAAAUAAAAAUUUACAUCAUUUAUAUAAUUUUGCUAUAUUAAAUGUUCCAGAAAAUACAUUCAAUUAUUUUACCUUGCCAAAAAUAUAUAAUAAAAAAAUGUAUACUCUACAUAAAACAAUACAUUAUUUUAACGAUUCUAUGUAUAAGGAUUAUCUCCAACUUCAUCCUUUCUAUAUUUCUACAUGUGAUAAAUAUGCAUUUUUAAAUAUCACAAAAUAUUAUCAGUGCAAAAAAUCAUUCAAAUUGUUACAAAAAAAAUCCCUCAAAAUUAAUUUGUACCCUCUAGAUGUUCUAAAUAUAGUGGCCUUGUCAAAAAACGUCUUUUAUAUAUUUACUAGAACUGAUCAGAAUCUAAAUAUAACAUCGUUAAAAGUAAAAUAUCCUUCAUUCAAGAAGAAUACGUUAAAAUCUAAAAAGGAAGCCAUCACAUCGAGCAAUAUAUGUGUUUUAAAAUGUACCAACUUGGAGUCUUAUUUUCCAAAUACAAACAAUAUCAAUCUAAAAAUUCAAACCUUAUGUAAUUCUAUCAUUGCAAGCUUCGAACCAGAUAUGUGCUUUAUAUUACAAGCGUGA